AUGGCGUCAUCAUCAUCAUCAUCAUCAUCAUCAACAACAACACCUACAACAUUUGAUAUAACUCGGCAUUCCCAUUGUCGUUAUAAUCCGUUGAAAGAUGAUUGGGUACUUGUAUCACCUCAGCGUUUAAAUCGACCUUGGCAAGGUAAAGUUGAAAAUAGUGAGAAAAAUGCUGCUAAAGAAAGCGAAAACAACAACAAGGACGAUGAAUCACUAAAUAAAUCACCAGAAAAAGCCAAUCCAUUGUGUCCAGGUGCUGUUCGUACAAGUAAUGGUAUACGUAAUCCAAAUUAUGAGCAUACCUAUGUGUUUGAAAAUGAUUUUCCAGCAUUAUUACCGACUGUUCCAGAUCCUUCGAAUAAAGACGAUGAUAUUCUAUUUCAAUGUCAUGCAGCACGUGGUGUAUGUAAAGUAAUUUGUUUUCAUCCCGAUUCAAAUUUAACAUUACCAAGAAUGACUCUGGAUGAUAUUAAACAUGUUGUUAAUACAUGGAUCGAUGUUUAUAAUGAAUUGAUUAAGAAAUAUGCUUGGAUACAAAUAUUUGAAAAUAGAGGAGACAUCAUGGGUUGUUCAAGUAAGUUUAUUUUUAAAGACACAGAUCACGAUCGUCAUAAUGAGAUUGAUCCGCAUCCUCACUGCCAAGUAUGGGCAACCGAUUUUCUGCCAAAUGAAGCUCGUGUCAAACACCGAACUCAAUAUGAAUAUAAACAAAAACGUGACAAUAAAAAUAUAAUGUUAAUGGACUAUAUUUCCAAAGAACUAAAAUUAAAUGAACGUAUUGUCAUUGAAAAUGAUCACUGGCUCGUACUUGUCCCAUACUGGGCUGUUUGGCCAUAUGAAACGAUGUUGCUGCCAAAACGACAUGUUUUACGCUUAAAUGAAUUGAAUGAUGAUGAUGAUGACGCCAUAUAA